AUGUCAUAUGCUGGUUCCAAAAAAGACGAUCCGGUUUCUGACCCAAAUAGUCCCCGAAACAAAGAAAAUGUGAAAGAAACUGAUCCUAUUAAAAGAGAAAUCCACAUUACUCAAACUCAAACUGAUGAAAUGAGGGAUUCGAUACAAAGAGGGAUUCGAUAUGUAAUAAAAGACAUUACUAAAAAUCAUUAUAAAGGCCUGUCUCCUAGAGAUUUUACAGACAUAGAAGAGACUGUGUUUCAAAGUUGGUUGGACACUGAUGUAUCUCCGCCUCGCCGUUAUAAAAAAUUUACUUUUAUUACAUACGCUCCAAAAGCAUUCCGUGACAUUAGACGCUUAUUUAACAUUCGUCCAUAUGAUUAUAUUCAAUCGUGUUCUCACUCAUCACUUCGUAAAAUACCCAACCCGGGUGCCAGUGCAUCAAUAUUUUACUUCACAAAUGAUGAUAAAUUUAUAAUGAAAUCUGUACAGUUCACCGAAUUUAAAGUAUUACAACAUCUGCUUCCUUUAUACAGACAGCAUAUGAAAAAAAAUCCCUUAUCUCUGUUGCCGAAAUUUUCGGGGCUUUAUGGUUAUAAAAUCAAUGAAAUAAACAUUCAAUUCAUAUCUAUGAACAAUUUACUGCCUUCUAACAUUAAAAUGCACCUAAAGUAUGAUCUGAAAGGUUCGACUUUCAAGAGAACAGCUUCCACUGGUGAAACAAUAAAGCGAAUGCCUACAUUUAAAGAUUUAGACUUUAUAAAACAUUUUCAGGAUGGUUUGUUUUUGAUGCCACACACUCUCUCAGAUAUUCUCGAAACUAUCAAUAGUGACUGUGAAUUUCUAAAAAGUUUUAAUAUAAUGGAUUACAGUCUUUUAGUGGGCGUUCAUAAAGUCGAUGAAGAUACUUCUACUUAUAGUCAGGCAGCUUUAGCCAGGUGGAAGCGUUUGAUGGUUGAUUCAAUAGGACUGGAAGAUAUUCUAGCAGACACUGGACAUUUUCCAGAUGAAAAUUGUCCCACCUUAAAAGGUAGUGUACCUGCUAAAAGUGAAAGUGGUGAAAAAUUAUUGCUAUUUCUUGGAAUUAUUGAUAUACUUCAAGAAUAUCGAAUAACAAAAAUAAUAGAGCACGGGUUCAAGACCAUUACCCAAAGUAAAAAUAUUUCUGUACAAGAUCCUGAUACCUAUGCUCCUAGAUUAAUGAAUUUUUUGAUCAAUUUUGUCUUCAAGCCACUUUUGACGAAUGAAGAACUUGGAGCACGAUCUAAGCAAAGUUUCAAAGCAGGGUCAAGCAAACUAUUGAAUGAUGACGACUUCGAUGAUACUUCGUGUAUAAGCUGCUUCAAACGAAAGAAAUCAUCAAGAAAUACCAUCAACAAAAAUGAUUUAAAUUAAGAUAUUACGGUUUUGUACUAACAAUCGUAAAUCUGUCAUCAAAGAAUAGUCGUCCGAAUGCAAUAUUAAUUUAUAUUAUAUUUUCUGUUUUAAAGUCCACAAACAACGUCUUUUGUACUGAAAAAAUAAAUUUUACAACUUACAAAGUUAAGCAAUAAAAUUGCUAUACUUUGAGACUAUAUCUCAUGUCAUUUGUUCUUGAAUCAUAUAACUAUUAUUUUUAUCGAUUUUUG